CAGGUGAUUGUGUAUUCCCCACACCAAUGUAUGUAGAUUUAGUUCAGCGCGAACACUUAGACUGUCUUACUGAUCUCAGCUGUUCAAGCAACAUUCUGGAACAGAUCGUCGACACUGAAAACAUUGGCUUGUCAAGAGAAAGAAGUAGUAGCUAUGUGGUUGUGAAAAUCCUGUGAUGUGAGCAUUGCAUCUGUCGCCAUGGGAGCAGAAGAGAGCAAGGGAGGUAACUACGGUCUGAUGGGGCCGAGUGCGGUGGUGGCCAACAUGAACCGCCAGGCACAGGCUGCAAGGCCAUGGUCACUGCUCCACAUGUGCUCACUUGACCAGUGGAAAUCCGGACAUGCAGAAGCAGCUGGGUUCGCGGAAACAACGAUGACAUGUAACGGAGUGAUGUUCAAAGACUGUAGCCCCACGUUCUGUAUAAGUCGGCAAGGUAUUAUCAACAUCAACAAAACCAGCUCUGUGUUCAGCUUCAGGCGAAAAAACAAGUUCACAAAGAUGGCUGAGCACUUUGAGUACAAUCAUAUUCCUGCUCAUCUGUCGUCAAUCCAGAACUUUCACGUAAAGAGCGUGGUGUGCUACCAUGACACCACGGUUAUACUUCACCUGGUGCGGAACAUGAUGACCCAGUUUGGGGUCAUAGACCUAGGUAUAAACAAAUUUAUGGGUAUAUUCGGUAAAAAGACUGCUGAAUUUGUGAAUGAGGCAGUUCGGGGCCAGAUCAGCCCUGAUGGCUCCCUAUGUCUCAUCAAAAUACCCAAGCUAAGUGACAAUAACAGUGCCUUUGUCUUCCAGCUUUACUGCCUCAAGACAAGGGAGCUAGUGCGUGAGCUUGCCCUGCCCUUUCAUCACAGCCUAUUCGCCUUUGACCCCCGUUUCACCUCCAGUCGUUUUGCAGCCACCAGCUUCGUUACUGGAGAGGACAACAGCCUGAGUCUGAUUCACACAGACUCUUGGGAGGUAAUAAGCACCAACACACGUGUGGAUGACAUGCGACUAAGUCUACACCCAACGCUUAAAGACCUUUUCUACUCUAAAGAUGGGUAUCUCAUCUUUGCUGUUAUGGUAACUGCUGGCUGUCACUGCAGGGAGAAGAAACUUCGUCGACAUCAACCCAUCGAAAUUAGCAUCUACAUCUUCAAUGCAGAUACGGCGCAAACCUUGCACUGUGUGCAGUACAACAGAUAUACAUGUGGCCAACACUCAUGCCCAACUAACUUCAUGCCACUCUUCUCGAACUGUGGCAGUCGUAUGGCCAUCGUCCUCAAUGAAAUGGAAACUCCCAUCGACCAUCUACAAAUCUACAAACUGCCAACUGCUGGGAGCCUACAGAACCGCAGUCGAAUCCGCAUCCUGCAGACGUUUGCUCCAGAGAUCCUCCCCAAACUGCCCCUCCCUGCUCGUAUGGUCCAGUACCUACAGUUCCAACCAGAAUUCGCCUAAUCCUCAAUGCUAUUACUGUUUAGGGACAGAGCAGUCUUUCAGUUAAUGAUUUAGAUCUGAUCCUCAACAUGGUCAAUCUGGAAAUGUUAGAACUUGCCCGGUAGUUGAUACUUCAGGUCAAACUUCAGUGUGAUCCUAGUCCGCUUCAAAUAAACGAGAAACUACAAUCAGAUACAACGCCUGCAAAGUUGGAGGUUAUCUGUGAUCUGCAACAUUUCGGAAAAAGGAAGAAGUGUAUGAUUCGUAAUAUAACAAUUCAUGCUGUGAAGAUCAUCUAGUUCUUGUCCGUGUCCAGUGAAGCUAAGAGCACUUGUGAUACAAAGCUCCAUCCUUUACCAAAGGAACACCCGAAAUGAGUAUGCACCAGAUCUUUACUUACAUUUAAUUAAGAAAUUUUACACAUUUUGACUCUUAAGAGUUAGCAAAAAAACAAAUCAUGCAGCAAAUAUAUUCGCUUUUACAGUAUGUAAGAUAUGAGGUUCAGUAAAACUAUUUUUGUCUCAUCACCUGAACACAGACAACAGAAGUUAUGCCUGCAGAAAAUUAUUAAGGCUACUUUUGCUCUUUGCAGUGUACCAAAUAUGAAAUGUAACGAAAAAAACUUUGAUUUACAGAAAAGGGCUUUGUGCUAGUGCCAUCACUGGGUUUUAGUGAUAAUGAUUUGGAACAUUUACUAAAUUCACUAUUUUUUAUUGGAAAAACAACCCAAAGAAUGAAAAGUAUUUUGAAAGGCAAAGUUUUAUAAGCCUACACAAGUCGGAUGUCGUCAUUUUACUGUGAAUGUUAACUAUGUAAAGUAUAGGCCGUUAUGUGGCUUACGUAUAGAAUGUAGAGUUGUUGAUGCUGUGGACCAGCCCAUGUAAUGGCUGGUGUUCUACAUGUGUGUGGGGGCUGUACAAUCAUCACAGUAUAAUCUAGUCAGUCAUUGGUACAACUACAUGCUCACCCUAGAUAGAAGCUCACCCUCAUCCUCAUACAAGUGAACUUGGUGCUUGUAGUGAUAGUAUACCCUUAAGUGUACUCGGGAGUGAGAGAGAGAUGGCACAGGCCAGCGUUAAAUGGAUGUCCACCUAGUUUAGGUUUUGGUUACGUGUUUAUCGUUGUCUUUCACUGACUGAGGUUUGCGUUCAGUCAACACAAGGGGGUAAGUUCCCUCUAUUCUCCCUCUUGGAGAUCCCUGGGGUCAGAUAGGCGUGGUCCUCUGGCCGUGUGGUCCAAAGAUCCAUGUCUACCGUAAGUUUGUGUGGUCCCCGUGGUACACCUAUGCUAGUGUUGGAUGGAGACAGAUAUACAUACCCUGUAUCUUCAGUUAAUGAAGAUAAGCUUUUGUUGGAUAUAAAUAGCUUUGUAGCAGUAAUUGAACCAAUGUCUGUUAAAUGUUCAACUUUUUCUGAUAAAAUCAAAAUUUCAAAAACCAUGGGGUCCAAAUUUGGCAGAAGGGGACCCUUAUUUUGCAAAAAGGUUUCUGCCUCUGUUUGUUCCUCUCAAUAUAUGCAAAACUUUAAUGGGGAUGAUUUUAAAUGAAGAUCCAACAUUUUGCUCUAUAUCUUUCUCAUUAUAUGGAGUUCUUUUGGCAAUAGUAUCUGUUUUAAAAAGUAUUACAAUUGCAAUAAUAAUUGAUCAGCAUAAGGGGUUGGAAUGUUUAAAUUCAGGCACGUUUUUGCCAACUUGAUUAACAGGUUCAUUUAAAUAGAGGAAAGUAGUGGUAUAGAGGUAAAAUCUUUCUAUUGUUUUUUGACAAGCUAUGUCAAUAUGGAUACAUAGAGUUACAUAGAUUUACAAGUGUCCACUUUGUGAUAUGACGAGGGUGGUGUUCGGGGGACAUCCAUUUGAUGUAGGCCUGGUGGGGGAGAAUUUAUUUUUGAUAAUUUUUGAUCCUAUUGAACAACUUGUGUUGUCAUUAGCUUAAUUUCUGAUAAAGAAAAAAUAUCACACUUAUUGAUACAAAUCUUGAAAUUUAAUUAAGAAUUAUUGUGAUCAUGGUCCAGUUAAAUUCAUAGCCUGGUUCCUGUAAAUAUUUAGAAGAUAUUAACACAAAUGUAACAAUCUCUUACUAAGAGUGCAAGUUUGGAGAGAAGCUGAUCCUCUAAAGGGAAAGUCAGAAUUUUAUUGUGUAAUUAAGCUACCAGAGAUUAUUACUAUUGAACCCUGGCAAUACAAAUUAUAAAAAUUGAAUUUUUGAAUUAAUGAUUGUGUGUAGCUACAAAAGCUUAUGUACAUAGGAUCUUUUAUGAUUAUUCAUUCAAAUUAUGUGGUUAACAAAAACUAUAAAUAGGUAUUGUUUAUAAAAAAGGUAAUACAUUCAGCAUUUAUAGAAAAAAGUAUAUGUCUUAUUUAGCGGAAGUAUUUUAAGAUAAAUCAUUUUUAAAAUCAACUGUAUUAUAUAAAAAGAAAAGAGUUGUGUUAAGAAUAUAUGUUACAAUCAAUUAUGAAGACUGCAACGUGAUGUGACCCACCAUGACAAAACUGACUCCAGCAUGAAACGAAAAUAGUCAAACCUGCUCAUGCCAGCUGUUUUAUUGACUACCUGUGUUAAGAGACCACUUUAAUUGUUUCCCAUUGUAGUGAUUUUAUUGUGAACUGAACCUGUAUUCAGAGACCACCUGUGUUAAGAGACCACUUUUUGGACUUCCCAUGGGUGGUCUCUUGAUACAUGUUUAAAUGUAUGUUCCUUAUAGGCAGUGAAUUAUUUGAUAUAUCUGUAUGAGAUGUCAAGAUUUUAUAAGCCCUUCUAUAACUGGCCUUCUUUGUGUUUGGAGAUUUGGGGGUUGAAUUAGACUCGAAACAUAGCACAAUGCAUCUUAUAACUAGUGUUUAACCCUUUCACCCCUAUGUAACUUUAAUUAACCCUUCCAUGCAUUGAUCUGGAUAAGUCCAUUAUGGUAUACGGUAGUGAAAUGGCUAGUACCUUAUAUUUAUAUUAAUCAGGAUCCUGGAUGAAUAUGUUUUAAUUGUGUCCAUUCAUCUGUUUUGUGUUAAGAUAGAAAAAAAACACCAUUUGAGGUAAUCAAGCGAUCAUAAAUGUUCUUAAAAAAAAACUCUGAUUUCAGAUUUCAUGGUGGGUCACAAAAUGUUGGAAACUGUUGACAAAUCAUGAAUGUGUAGCCGAGUGUUAGAAUCAAUUGUUACUGCUCUGAGAUUUGUUGUGUGCUUUAUAAUCAAACCUGUUUAAAACUGUAAUUCAGUGAAGUAUUGUAUUCCCAACAUACAAAAAGGCUUUGUGAUAUACUAUAGAACCAAGAUGUGAUGCAACUUCCCUUAUAUCCUAGCUUCAAUCAUUUCAUGAUUUAGUUAUCAUUAAAACCAUGUCUCGAAGGAAAUGGUAUGGAAGGUAAUUAAGGUAUUAUAUAACUAACUAGUCAAAUCAUUCACCCCUACAUAUUUAAACUGGACUUGCCCAGUCUUUGAUUUGGUAGGGUUCAAGUGUGAUUUUAGGGGUGAAUGGGUUAAUAUUUAGUGAUGUUUUCCAUCUAGUUAGAUUCAAUAACACUGAGGUUUAUUUAGACAGAUUUUGUUUUUGGGUAGCAAAGAAUUAGAGGGACCUUGUUUAACGAUAUAUUAAUUGCUGGUCACCUGGUGCCAAAUCUUGUGUACAUUGUUGUGUAGAAGUUUGUUAUUUAUUAAAUCUGUUAAUCUGUAGAUUGAGAUACUUUCUGUAUACUAAUGUCACUUACAUAAUCACCACACUCCUUUGACACACUAUAUUAAAUUCCUUCACAAAUAGAUAAGAACCACAAGUAUUCUACUGUUGAGUGUUAAGGACCACCACCACUUUCAAUAUUUUCUUCAAAAUAUCCCUGGUAGUUUGUCAGCAUACUACUAGCAUGAACAACAUGAAAACCAUUUAAAACCAGGAUUAUUUUAUUUUAGCCUUGAUUUGAAGGAAUUUGUAAAAUGUUGAAGAUGAAUGUCAAUUUUCCAGGUAUUAUUCUUUGUUGAUUUUAGAAUAGUAAAGAGGAAAUGAUAUCUGUAUGUGGUUCUAAGUCAGAAAUAACAGCAUUUGGAAGUUAUACUCUUAGAAAGAUGUUUUUAAGAGACUGUUACUUACUACAGUAAGGUAGGUAAGGAGAUUUUAGUUGUUCCGUUGGUGCCUAGAACUGGGAGGUUGAUGAGAUUGAUUCUUGAGAUUCUCAAAAUCAUUGGUGUUUAGAGAAAUAGGUACGGUACCAGUCCCAUGUAGCUGUGGUACUGGUAAUUUAAGUAACAUUUACUGAAAUAGUGCUGCAGUAUUACUAUUACUAUGACAUUUAGGGAUUUCGGUAGUCAAAUAAGAUUUUGCCUGAAAUAUGGAAGGUUUCAACAUCAUAUCAAAUAGACAUUUCCUAACAAACCCCAUAGUCAAAGCUCAUUUUGGGGAGUCAAAAAGAUAUACUGUCAAGGGUCUACUGAAAGCCCUGCUAAAGAAGUACUGAAAGUUGAAUGAAGUAGUACUGAUAGUGAACUGAAGUGGUACUGAAAUUUUGCACUAAACUUAAUUGGGCAUAGUAUUUAUCAUUAGUGUAUUGAAGUUGCACUAUGAGUAUACAGUGAAGCGGUACUGCCAGUAGUGGUGAAGUACCGGUGAUGAAUGCACUCUGUUGACCUUUAGUUAGAGUUAUAGUGGUGAUCUGUUGGUUGGACGUAUAUAUAUAUAUCUACAGAUAUUAUAUUCUUUACUAAUCAAACUUGUGAGGUGCUGAUUGUUAACUGUUGACCAUUGUCAUGGAGAACACGACUCCACUUUCCUCUUCCCAUCAUAUUAUCUCACUGACCACUUGCAGGUCACUAAAUUCAGCAAUGACCAAUCUGUUAGUGAUGGACAGCUGACCACUGUAGAGUAUUUAAUUAUCUCCCUGUGAUAGGAUUAUAACACUUAUUGCCUCUCUCAUUCAUAGAAAGCACUUGUUAUGAUAGAUAAUCACCCGAUGUGUUAAUUGAUAGUGACACACUGCAUGGAGUAUUUUCAAUAAAACACCAUUCCAAUACGUGUACAAUCUAUAAGAGUACAUCAGAACCAAUCUAAUGUCACGGUGAGGAAGUCUAAGAUAUGAGUAGUCUACACUGUUAUAAAUAAAAACCAUCUAGUCGUUUAACACUAGUCAUUUACCACCUGUCCCUAGGUGAUGUCAAAUGUCAAUUUGUUCAUUAAUGUCACAAGUCUUUAUCGUCUAGUGUCCAACCAUUUUUUCUUACCUGACUAAGAGCAAAUUUAUAUUUAGGUUUAUUUUUUGAAAAAAAAUCCUUAGUCUGUAAUGAAAUCUAAACGUCUAUAAUGAAACCUUAACACCACUUGGAACUGAAUAACCAUCUAAAGACAAAAGACUUAAAAGUACUUUUAUAUUUCAGGAUAUUUAAAAAAUAAAUUCACUAUGAACAUUACUAUGUAUAAGAUGCAAAGCAUUUAAAUUACAAUAUAUUGUCAUAAACAUAAUAUACAUUGGCAAAAAUUUUAAUAAUACUUUGCACUUGUGUAUCACUGUGCAUUCUAUAAUGGGUAAAUAUAUUGACAUCUUUGUUUGGUUAGGGUAUCAAUUAUGGACAUCUGUUGGAGGUGAUUAUGUGGUUAUAUGGACCCGAGAAAGUGAUAUUGACCAAGAUGAACUUGAGGUUAAUAUCACUUUCUCAUGUGCAUAGAACCAAAUAUUCACUAAAAAUAAAAGUAUUUGAUGAUUAUAUUAGAUGCUAAAUAAUGUUUUCAUCAUUAAAAGAGAUAGAACGUAUGAAAAUUGUACAAAGUAAAGUACUGCAUUCGGCAGAAAGCAUUGUGUAGGUACAAUCAAAAUGAUGUGAUAAAAUGAAUAUUGAUCUGCUGCUUCUAAAAAUAGUAAGACAGAGUCAAUAUCACAAAUCACCAAUCGCGAUGUGAAUAUGACCCAACUAAUGAGGAUGUAGGAAAAAAGUGUCAUCUAAUAUUGCGAAAAAAGUUCAAAGGUCAUUGACUGACGAGGUCAUUUGAACAAAUCUAGAUUUUAUAUUUUAUUGUAAGAUAUUGAUAUUUCCAAUUUAGCAUUGAUAUUUGAAUUGAUACAAAGUAUUGUGAUAUGUGGAUACUAAGAUAUAUUGCUUCAGCUGUGCUAUUUAUCUCGUAAUUGUCUCUAUCCAGCUUAUACAGUGGGAGACUCUGUAUAGUAGGGGCUACACAUUAAAAAAAUAAUCAUGUUUUUCCAUGAUAACCACCUUAAAAAAUGGUUAGUGCUAAAUUUUAUUAAACAAUAUUAUUUAGAAUAUAUUUUACAACAGUUAUAAUCCAUUACGGCUAGUGCUAGGGCAUGCUAUUUUGCAAAGAAACAAUAACCAAGUGUACCAGUUGCCUACAAUCAACCAGCUUCAGUUGUUACGUUACCUACUUACUAUGUACAGAGAGUAAUGUAUUAUCUCUAAUUGUUAUCUAUCAAAUCUGUCUCUGAUCUAUUUUUGUCAUACAAUGAUCAUGUCAUUACAUCACAUCAUACCAUCACAUGACUUUUCUAUAAAUAGCACAUUAUAUUAUUACUCUUGACUCUGGUUAGCCUGAUAGGCUGAGUUUUUGACGGUGACGUCAUAAAUGUGUCACGUCUUGUGUACCCAAUACAUGGCUCAAAUUCAGCACCUGUUAAUGUCAACUCAUUUACCCCUAACGACACAUUUGAACUCUCCCAAUUCAAAGUUUGGAAAAAUGCAUUAGGAAAUUUCAGGGGUGAAUAAGUUAACAUAAUUAUGAAUUGUUCAUUUUAUUUUUGAAAUUCAUAAAAUCUAAUUUCAUGAUUACAAUACUGUUUUGAAAGAAUUGAAAAUACUGACUGAUAUAUUUUAAUCUGUCAUAUGAGGAGAAAAAAAAUCAUAUACAUGUACAUUAGGGCAUUCGUUAAUCUAAUUAUCACUUACCAGGUUAGACCUUGUGACAUGUUGAAUUGUAUAAUAUUCUCUAUAUCAUUGUCUAUAUUUGUAUCAUUAAUUUCUUAUUAUACAUGUAAACUAUAUUCAUUAUAAUAGCCACCCUUCCCUUAUGCCUCAGUUUUUAAACAAAAGAUAUCUUAUAAGAAUUGUUCCUGUUUUGGAUUUGGUUUCUAGAAUAUUUAUCUUGGAAUGUUUACAUUCACUUUCCAGUAUCAAUGCAGGAACUCAACAUCUGUUUCUAAAUAUUAUAAUGAACACGUAUCUCUGUUUGGUAAUUAUAUAUAUAAAAAUCCACAAUAGAGAGGUCAUAUGGUGUUUAUUUAUAUCAUGAAUUUCUAAACUGGUCAUUAAUCCUGGCAGAUACUUUUGCAAUUAAGUUAUGAGACCAUUUUGAUUAUUUAAAUAUUGAUCAAAACAGAAUUCAAAAAAAAAAAAAAACUUUUUAAGAAAACAAAAGAGAACAGCAAGCUUAUUCUAUCAUCCAAAUAUUUAUCAAAACAAUCUUUAGUAAAAACAGCAAUUGUGUUCUACUGCUGUCGUAAAUUUGUCAACAUUUGAGGCCUGUAUUGCAUUGAACUACAUAAUGUUCUACAUUGAACUCAGUAUUAUCUAUCUUGCGUGUUAUGUCAAGUGGGUUUGUUUGAUUACUAACUGUUUACUAACCAUGAUUAAUAGCCUAGGAUGUAUAUCUGUAUGUUUAUCAUGUAUAUUUAUACUGAUGAUAAUGAUAAUUAUAUUACAGGUGAAAUCAGCUGCAAGGAUAAGACAAAUUGUCAAGCAUGACAUAGCUUCCGUUUAAUGAUAAAUACUUUUUACUUGUUUGUGAAAUCAACCCUUAGAGUAAACGUAUUGUUUAACUGUAUGUAAAAAUCUCAUUAAUCAAAACAGGACUGUUGAUAAAAAACUGAACAGCAAAAUCACAAGAUAUAUUAUCAAAGAACAUUCACAAAAAAGGAAUUGAAAUGUUUAUGUUUAUGUAGAAAAUUGUUUAUUAACUACCUGACCAGUACUUGAUUUAAGUGAAGGUGAUUUAUGCAGAAUUAAUCAUAGAUGGCAUCAUGAGUUCUUUUAUCUGUGUUGUGGAAGGAUACAGAUUGUGUUUGCCAGGUACAUAUCUAUUUCCCUGUAUAAGGAUACAGAUUGUGUUUGCCAGGUACAUAUCUAUUUCCCUGUAUAAGGAUACAGAUUGUGUUAUCACUUAUAUUAUAAAACAGAUGUUUGGGAUGUGAUAGACAUGUAAUAUGAUACACAGAUAUGAAAUUGUGAUAGGAUGAUAAUCAAUACAGGAGGGUUGGGGCACAGUCAGUGUUAACUACCUUUAUUGCAGAACAUUAUAUCAUACAAUAAAUAUCACCCUUUUAGGACUUCAUUGGGCAUGAUAUGAAUAGCCAAGUCAUUACAUGUAUGAUUAUUGAAUAAACCGCGCACAAACUAAAAUAAUAUCAAAACAAAUUAGGAAUUUAAUUUUGACAUUUUAUGAAGAAAGGGCAUUGAUUCGUUAAACUUUGAAUUAUAUACAGCAAUUACGAUUUACAAGAUUGUUUUUAAAUGUUAUGAUUGUCGGAGGUGUCUAUAAUAUAAAACAUUGUUUACUGAAGUAAAAGAAAUUGUAGAGUACUAGAAGUAAUAUUGAAUUAGUAAAAUAGUAUAAUUAACUCUUUACCCUGCCAAAGUUUGUUCGGUAAGAUUAACAUGAUAUAUAGAGGGGUGUGGUGCUACAGUAAGAAACAAGUACGAAGAAAAUGUUAAAAUCAAUCAAAGAUACCUUGAAGUAUAUUUCAUGUAAUCAAAUUUACAUAUUAAAUGAGGAGCUUUUAUAUAGAAAGUUUAUAUUUCAUUUCACAAAUAACUUUGCAUCUGUCAUAUAAAAUAAACAGUUUCUGUAUGAUUUACUAACAAAGUUUGAUCAUGGUAGGGAGGGAGCAUUGUUGAAAUAAAAUAGAGCUGAUUUGAAGAAAAAAGGAUGGUCUUGUUUUCCAACCAUUGCUAGUAGCUUCUAUGUUAAAUCUAUGGAGGAAUUUUUAUUUUUUCACUGAAUUGUAAAAAAUAUCAAACAAAGAAAAAAAUAGAAAAAAAUGUCUCGAAAGGAAUUCUUUAUCUCAGUUUUAUUAGAAGAUAAUUAACAGAAUAAGAAAAUGAUAUCAUCAAAUGAUAGAAGUAAUUACGACAUUGUUUAAUCUCAAAGUUAGAUAUUUUAUAGUCAGUUAUUUACAGAAUGCUGAUCAACCAUUAUUUUCAGAAAAAACAUGUUUACCAACAGGCUGUUUACAUUUCCCUGGCAGUCCGCCACUGAUACAAAUGGGUAAGGUCUAUUUUAAGUUCAGAUUUAUCUUAAUGACUUAUGUAUCUUUUUAGAUAUUUCUUGCGAUGACGCGCAGUUACAUUCCAGACUGCAAUGCAUGCGUGUUUGGUUGGGAAUGCACAAUAGUGAAGCUAGGUCUCGGCUGUGGUUACUGAUACAUGUAAACCUCCGUUUUUAGCCUGUCAGAUAUUUAAUCUCAAACAUACUGCAGUGUUUAGUGUAUCGCUUUUUAUUACUUGGCUGAGAAUCAUUUCUUUUCCAAUAUUACACAGUUCUUAAGACAACAGUUCCCAUUAAUUGCCAGAAAGAUAGAGGUUCAAAUUUGAUGUAGUAUGCAGUUAUCAAAGACGCGUUAUCUUUUUACGAAUAGCUCUCAUUCUGCCCUGACUUUUAUGGCCAAUUGUUACCUCCAUCAUUCUGAAUUGUGGUUGCUAAAAAUACUUCUUUCGUGUUUACCAAUUUCAAACAGUUGUAUAUAAAAUAAACCUUCCUUAUUCUUUGUAGCAUUCACCUUCAAUCUACUAAUCCUCCCCAGACUAUAAAAAACCCUUCGCCCCUGAAAUUUUAUUAUGAACUUACAGUCUUACAUUCUAGUCGUGCCUGAGUGAAGGCAUAACAAGGUAUAAACAGGCUCAUUAUAUAUUUCUCGGCCUGCAGCGUUCUUAAACCUAAAUCUGUGAAUUAUGCAGUUUUCAUUUCCUGUACAUGAUUUACGAUAAACAAUCUGUCCUUGAAAGUCCUGAAGCUGUUCAUAUUAAAAAUGUUCUGAACAUUUUUUUUUCAACUACAAUUUGUCUAAUAUCUCAUUUAACUUUCCCAUUUUCACGUUUCACCUCUUAAAGUUUUUAUUAAUAACUUCAGUUUCUGCUCGUUAAAUUUCUCAGCCUGCAACUAAGAUUAAGACUUCUCUUAACAAUAUCCAUUUUCUAUGUUAAAAUAUUAUUAUUAUAUUAUAAUAUUGAUCUCUUGGAUGACCACAGGAGGAGAUAAGCUAGUAGAAGAACGCAGCUACGAUGUUUUACAAUAAUUUGGGUUGACAGCUAGUCUUCAUUUUUGUUUUCUGGCAUUGUCUUUAAAAAUAAAAUGUUAUUUAAAUCUCUGCAAUAUUCAUCAAACCUUUCUCCUGAUAAACUAAUACAUUGUUGUUACACUUUACCCUAAAAAAGAAAAAAAUACAUUUGAGUAAAUAGUUAUUAAAGUUAUACAUAUUUAAAAUGUAGGACGUUUUAAUGCAUGUCUAAAACCGAUGCAGUGAUAGAGAACAAGUCUGUUUUAUGGGAAAACCAGAAUAAGUUUAUAUUUAACGGUGAAAUGCUGAGUCAAUACUCCACAUGUGGAAGUGAUUAUCACACCAAACAGCCUCUCUUCUCUCCUCAAUCUUUUGUGCUUUUAUUUUCUCUGACGAUUGAUAUCAUUGAAAACUUUCAGCGUCUGUUUGUUAAAGCUUCCACAGGGCUCUGUUAGGUUUUAUAUAGCGUCUGUAUGUUAAAGCUUCCACAGGGCUCUGGUAGGUUUUAUAUAGCGUCUGUAUGUUAAAGCCUCCACAGGGCUCUGUUAGGUUUUAUAUAGCAUCUGUAUGUUAAAGCUUCCACAGGGCUCUAUUAGGUUUUAUAUAACGUCUGUAUGUUAAAGCUUCCGCAGGGCUCUGUUAGGUUUUAUAUAACGUCUGUAUCUUAAAGCUUCCACAGGGCUCUGUUCGGUUUUAUAUAGCGUCUGUAUGUUAAAGCCUCCACAGGGCUCUGUUAGGUUUUAUAUAGCGUCAGUAUGUUAAAGCUUCCACAGGGCUCUGUUCGGUUUUAUAUAACGUCUGUAUGUUAAAGCUUCCGCAGGGCUCUGUUAGGUUUUAUAUAGCGUCAGUAUGUUAAAGCUUCCACAGGGCUCUGUUAGUUUUUAUAUAGCGUCUGUAUGUUCAAGCUUCCACAGGGCUCUGUUAGGUUUUAUACAGCGUCUGUAUGUUAAAGCUUUCCCAGGGCUCUGUUAGGUUUUAUAUAGCGUCAGUAUGUUAAAGCUUCCACAGGGCUCUGUUCGGUUUUAUAUAGCGUCUGUAUGUUAAAGCUUCCGCAGGGCUCUGUUAGGUUUUAUAUAGCGUCAGUAUGUUAAAGCUUCCACAGGGCUCUGUUAGUUUUUAUAUAGCGUCUGUAUGUUCAAGCUUCCACAGGGCUCUGUUUGGUUUUAUAUAACGUCUGUAUGUUAAAGCUUCCGCAGGGCUCUGUUAGGUUUUAUAUAACGUCUGUAUCUUAAAGCUUCCACAGGGCUCUGUUAGGUUUUAUAUAGCGUCUAUGUAGAAAAAUAGAAAAUAGAAAUUUUGAAAGAUUUAUAUUUUUUUCUUCUGAAAUGAAUUCUUUUGUUAAAAAAAUCCAUAUCAAAUUCAGAACAAGUAGCUAGGUAAUUAAUGAAUUAGUACUACAGUUUAUAUAACAUGGUACAGUUUAGAUAUAAGCCACAUAUUCACUUGUACUUUUUACAUUUGAUCUAAUGCCUGGACUGCAAUCAUGAAAAUACAUCAUGUUAUUUUCAGGUUGAUGUGGUAUUUAUAACGGUGUUGAGAGCAGAGGUCAGAAGAAGUUUUUAGAUAUUUUGCGGAAUAAACAGUGUUAAUCUUUCAAAAGAAAUUAAUCAAGUGCUUAAAAUAUGUUUUUUACGCAUAACGAGAUUUUUUAUAACAGCUAAUAUGCUCCUGUGUUUGGUUUAUCUGUAGGCUGUGUGUGUAGCCUUUGUUCCCUGUCGGAGGACGUGUAUUAUAAACAAUGGUAUCAUACUAAGUGUUGUUCCGUCAGAACUAUAUCAAAAGUCAAUAAUCUAUGCUUGUACCCAAAUAAUACAUAAACGAGGCUGCUCAGCCUGAAUUAUACAUAACUAUAUACGACAAUCUGGUGUGACUAUAUUGUUUGAUCAUCUGCCUUGAACUUGUUCCAGAUUUCCCUGUUGAAAAGUAACCCUGUGAAUUAUCAUACUUGUAAAAUACUGCUUUCAUCUGCACUUAUUUUCUCCUCACAAACUUCCCGGUAUCCUCAAAGUCUACCUCUUGUUUUAGUUCUAGAUAUUACCACUCCUAGAUCUAACAGCUUGUUAGGCCUCUGUUAAUGUAGAUAUUUCCACAUUGUAUUUAAUGUACUCAUACAUGUACUCAUAAAAUGUUUCGAUAUUAGCUCAGUUUGGCACUGUGAUAUACUAAAAAGAUUAAGUCGAGAGCAAGAUACAAAUUGCAUUAAGAAAUUAAGGAUGAAGAAUAUGUGUGCUUAUAUCGAUUAUUGGAAUUUGAAAAUCAUAAUUCAAUAUCAUGCGUAGUGUUCAUAGGUGUAUGACUCAUAUCACUAUAUACAUACGUAACUCAUUGUGUUAUAAUUAUCAUAAAGCUCAUAAACACAACAUAAAAAAAAAAAAAAAUUUUGCCCGAAAAGCAUCGCACCUAAUCCCCAGCCAUUUGCUUUAAGCAAUCUAUGGAGUCUAUAGUACGCCUACAAACAUCGUCAAAAGUUUGAAAUGAAAACACAAAUCAAAACGAGCCAGCUAGGUAACGUUAUGUAAGGAUAUUUUCAACGAAUUCUCACUUUACCCCACUCUCCGCAUGAUCCCCUCCCCAUCCACCAACACACGCACCUACACCACACAACCAUACUGGGCACCUCGCUAGUUAAUAUACUGUAAAUGUGUACAUCCCCGGUAUAUCUUAACUUUGUCUGUUGUGUUAUAACAACAUAUAUAUGUGUAUAUAUAUAACAAUAUCCUACUUACGCUGUCUGUGUGGUAAAUCUGUAUGCCUUCUUUCAAUCAGCACUUCCAGCUUCUCUCUGUCGGUUGAAGAGUAAAUGCCAAAUUAUGUACAUAAUUAUACACAUAAGGUUAUCAUCUUAUGAAAUUGGUUUGUCAAAAUAAUCAUAUUUAUUUGCAAUAUUUAAGCCAGUCAUUUUAUUUUAAUUUCUAUAUGUUAAUCAACCAUUGCUGCUCACUGUUUUACAUUUCAAUCUUCAUUUUAAUUGUUUAUGGUGAUUACGCUGUUGAGUUAUGUAAUCUGCGCAUCGAGUAUUACAAAGAUAUUUUCCCUCGGGAUCAAUCAGUGCUACGUGUAUAUAUACUGUUAUAUUGUAUGUUACUCUCAGUCGUAAUCCCGAGUCAACUAGUUUACUCAAAAAUAAAAGGUUAUGCUUAAGCGGUA